AUGGAAGCUUUUACAAGUGUCUCUACCUAUUCCCAGCACCUCAAGUCAUUGUCAGACAAACUCAUAAAUGUAGGCUCUCCCGUCACCUACAAUAAACUAGUUAUUCAACUGGACUCUGGCCUCACCGAACCCUACAAAGGCCUAUUUGAUGCUCUUCUUGAAGAGACCGACCUUGCCAGAAGGGCGGCACAGAGCUCAUUAUCAAUAAUUGUGGCUCGUGAUUCGAAUGUCUCACAAGAUAUUUUUGAUAAUUCCUUUUCACAACGCAAUACUAAUGGUGGGAAGAGGAACCACUAUCGCAACAAUGAUCGCAGCAACAAUGGUUGUUAA